CUUCACUUAUGAGCUUUUCAUCAACCAACACAAUGCUGAACAGAAUCAAGCAUUUCUUCCACAACAAACCCCCAUCAGCAUCCCGCCCAAUCCAAAUUCUCUCCGACCUCCAUCUCGAAAUCGAUCAACAGUACUCAUCCUUUUCCAUCCCCGCUCGCGCCAAGACCCUCAUUCUGGGCGGCGAUGUCGGGCGCUUAGUCGACUACGACAACUACUGCGCUUUCCUACAGAAACAAGCCGAUCAAUUCGAAACCGUCUUUCUCGUUCUUGGGAAUCACGAGUUUUACAACCUCUCCUUUGAAGAUGGAAUCCAGAGGGCGAAGCAGCUCGAACAGGAACCCUGUUUCAAUGGACGGCUCAUCCUGCUUCAUCGCCGACGAUAUGACAUUCUAGACCCGGAUUCCGGCUGUGUUACAGUUCUGGGAUGUACACUCUGGUCUCAUAUUCCCGAUGAAGCAAGGGAUAUCGUGCGAUACAAGGUAUCGGAUUUCAGCAAGAUUCGCGAGUGGAGCGUUGACAGUCAUAAAACUGCUCAUGAAAUGGACGUUGCCUGGUUACUAGAUGAGAUACAGUCGAUACAGAAUGAGAAUCAACAGGUCCAGAGCGAAAGCGAUAAGAAAUCUAUUCUGGUCGUGACGCACCAUGCCCCCUGUCUCAAGCGGACUUCGGCGCCGCAGCACGAGAAUAAUCCCUGGAGAUAUGCCUUCGGAACGGAUGUUCUGCGCAACAUUACUGAUACAAAGGGGAUCAAGGCUUGGGUGUUUGGGCAUACGCAUUAUACGACGGAGUUUAGGGAGAGGGGGGUCCACGUCGUCAGUAACCAGCGAGGGUACGUAUUACCGUGGAAGACAGAGAAGGUGAAGGAUGGGUUUGAUGUUGGCAAGGUCAUUCACGUUCCACAAAGUGUGACAAGCGUUGCUAACAAACGGGCAGCGUAACCCAGUCGUAUUUAGAAUUCUUAUCUCUGUCUCUGCUACUGCUCCGUAAUUCGAUAUAUGAAGG